AUGUGUAUCACUUGUAAAUACCCUGGUUGCAGCACUCGCGUCUACCCUGGAUACGAGUUCUGUGGACGCACUCAUGGAUCAAUGUAUUACCAGUUGCCAUCGCGCGAUCGCGACACUGAUGUGACAAUGUCGACGUCGACGACGACUACGACUACAUCAUCGUCGUCUGCAGCAACAAUAUGUAAACUACAAGGUUGCUCAAAUACCGUUUACGCAGGUUCAGAGUUCUGUUCACGAACUCAUGUCGCACAAUAUAAUGAAUGGGUCAAUUCGCAGCAACAGCCAAUGACCUCUACGACAUCAACGACCUCGACUGCAAUCCCCGCCGCGCAAAUAUGCAAGUUCACAGGCUGCACGAGGCCUGCAAGCUACCCUUAUGACUUUUGUACAAAGACCCAUGGACAGCACUACAGCACCUUGUCUGCUUCUUCCUCAUCCUCAGGCUCACCCACCACCGGUGUUGGCUCGCCUGCUGCCAACUUCUGCAAGCUGAAUGGUUGCAACAAUCCUCGCGCCAGUGGCUACGACUACUGCACCAAGAAGCACGCUGUGCAGGACAGGAAGAACUUUGCCUCGGUCAUGAAGCUCGACCCAAGCGACCCGGAAUUCAAAACCGUAUCCGAUCAAUUCACGUCCAAAUGGCACCAUCCCAUCUCAAAGAAGCCCUGUGGCGUCAUCCAACACAUCCUCAAGGUCAAUCCGGCGAUGGACGUUGUACGCCGCUUCGAAGCCAAGCGCAGCGAGAUCGAAGCCGUUGGCAAAUUUGUCAGCAAGAAGCAGCAGAAUGGUAAACAGCUCAAGGCCGGUAACAGUUGCCGACGUUUCCAUGGCACAAAGGUCGAUUGCGGCCUGGGCGUCAGAGGCAUGUCGCUGUGUCGCUCAUCCAAGUGCAACGUAUGUCGCAUCGUCGAACAGUCGUUCAUCCUGCCCACUCAAAACAGCACCAACAAUUUCAACAACUUCCUACGUUUUGGUCCUGGCAUCUACUUCUCUAGCGUGUCGUCCAAGAGCCACGACUACACCAACGGUGGCACUGGCUACAAGUACAUGUUCAUCGCCGACGUGCUCGUCGGCAAUGGAGAGAAGUUAUAUAACGAUCAUGUCACGAUCAAAAGCCCGUCUGCGGGCUUUGACAGUGUGCUGGGCGAGACUGGCCAAUCGCUCAACUACGACGAAUGCAUCGUAUACAACGUCGAACAAGCCAAGCCAUGU